AUGUCCACCUCCACCCUCAGCAACCUCAACACCUUCCUCUCCUCCCAACUCCGCACCACCCUCCCCCCCGCCACCACACACACCUUCACCUCCCAAACCCUAAUCGUAACCGGCGCCAACAGCGGCCUGGGCCUCGAAGCAGCACGGCACUUUGUCGCGCAGGGCGCGGCGCGCGUCAUCCUAGCCGUGCGCUCGCUUUCCGCCGGCGAGGCCGCCGCGCGGUCGAUUGCCGAGAGUACCGGGCGGGAGGGCGUGGCGGAGGCGUGGGAGCUGGAUCUGGCGCGGUACGCGUCGGUGGAGGGGUUUGUGGGCAGGGUGGAGAGGGAGUUGGAAGGGGGGGUGGAUGUGGUGGUGGCGAAUGCGGGGGUGUUUAUGGUUGCGUUUGAGCGGCAGGAGGAGGAGGAGGAGGGGGGCCCGGGGAUGACUAUGGUGGUGAAUGUUAUUGGCCAUAUGUUGUUGGCCUUGUUGCUGCUGCCCAAGAUGAGGGCGACGGCCGUGGCGCGGGGGAGGGCCGGCGUGAUUACCUUUACCGGCUCGUUCACGCACUGGAUGACCUCGUUCCCGGAGCGGACGGCGGCGGAUGUGUUUGCGGAGUUGGCGGAUCGGAAGACGGCGAGGAUGAAGGAUCGGUACUACGUCUCCAAACUGAUUCAGCUCUUGGUCGUUCGCGAGUUCGCCGAGGAGUUGACCCGGUCAGCCAAACCGGGCAAGAUUAUCACCUCCGUGGUCAACCCCGGCUUCGUGGCGACGCGGAUCAUGAGGCACGAAGGCCCCAUGUUCCAAAUCUUUCAGAAGGGGCUGCUAAAAAUGCUCUCUCGGACCCCGGAGGUUGGGAGUCUGACGCUUGUCCACGGGGCCGCAGGAGGAGAGGAGACCCAUGGGCAGUAUCUGGACGACUGCAAGGUUGGAAAACCCGGCGGCUUUGUUCUUGAUCCGCAGGCCAGAGCCACCCAGAAGCAGCUUUGGCGGGAGCUGACGGCAAAGCUGGAGAAUAUACACCCAGGAAUUAUGCAGAACCUCUGA